AUGUCCAUCUCGGGCACCCUCACCAAUUAUUUCGUCGACUCCAUCAUCAACCACGAGAGCCAAGAAUCCUCCGCGUCUAAAUUCGCCCCCGCGCAAUUCCCGCCCGCCGGCCGCGCAGCUGCCGAACAUCUGGAAUUCCCCUCGUGCAGUUUCCAACCCAAAUCCGCUUUUUUUGGGGCUCCCUGGGGGUCCCCCGCGGGUUUCCAGCCCUACCUGGGGGCUCACGGAGGGGUCCCCGGCGAGGGGCGCUUCUUGCGCGCGUGGUUGGAAGGGGAGAGCGCAGCGGAGGAGAAAAGCGCGGAGCUCGGAGACGGAGGAAGGAGCGCGGAGUUUCGGCUGGAAAGUUCGGGAAGAGCGGAGAGGAGAGAGGAGAAA